UCUCAGGGUGCGUGUGUGUGUUCGUGUGUCUCAGGGUGCGUGUGUGUGUGUCUCUCUCUGGGUGCGUGUGUGUGUGUGUGUCUGGGUGUGAGUGUGUGUGUCUCAGGGUGCGAGUCUGGGUGUGAGUGUAUGUGUGUGUGUGUGUGUGUCUGGGUGUGAGUGUGUGUGUCUCUGGGUGUGAGUGUAUGUGUGUGUGUGUGUGUGUGUCUGGGUGUGUCUGUUAAAGGUGCAGGUAACGUUAGUGGUCGCUCUCACUGAAACUCUUGAACCUUCCUCAUGGAUCCUCUGACGCUGCUGCUGCUGAUGAUGAUCACUGUGAUCGGACGCUGCGCGGGGCAGGAAAUCCUGCCCGAAGGUCCGGUGGACGCGGUUCUGGGGUCGGACGUUGUGAUUCUGACGACGCUGAUGAACAAGCCGGACUACGCUUUCGUUAUCUGGAACUACAACGACGGCCAGGAUCAGACCCACGUCGCCACCGUGGGUUCGACGGGGCUGAAAGUGAACAAACCAUAUGAAGGACGGGUGUCCGUGAACGAAACCAACGGUUACCUGAGCCUGCGGAAGCUGAAACGCGAGGACAGCGGCGACUACAGCAUCACCAUCGUGUCCACUGACGGAGCGACGGAGACCGCAGAGAUCAAGCUGCGGGUCCUGGAGCCGGUGUCCAACGUCGUCAUCAAGUCCAACAUUCCCGAGGCCAUAGAACACAACAGCACCGUGGUCCUCACCUGCUCCGCCGGCGGCUCCUUCCUCACCUUCUCCUGGUUCCACGGCGACGCAACGCUCUUUGCAGAUGGCAAACGCAUCAACAUCAAAAAUGAGGGCACGUCCAGCACGCUGACCAUCGCCGCCGUUCUCAGGUCUGAUCUCACUGCUCCUGUUUCCUGCACAGCUGCCAAUAAGCUGGAGAAAGAGAAGAGCGCUCCCUUCAAACUCACAGUCCACUACGGUCCAGACGAAGUCUCCCUCAGUCCUGUGAAGGUGCCUCAGUUCAUCAGAGCCGGCUCCAACUUCAACCUUUCAUGCUCCGCCCCUUCCAGCCCACCUGCCACCUUCACAUGGUUCCACAACCAGAAGGUGAUGGAGGUGGCUGGUCCGGUCCUCACUUUGAAGGUCAUCCAAUCUCAUGGUUUAGGGAAGACGAUGGAAGAAUACACCUGCAGAGCCACAAACGCCAAAACCCAGCGGAUCAUUGCUUCUGCUGGAGUUUCCUUUGCUGUGAUGGACGCUAUCUCCGGGACUAAAAUUACAGGUCCGACUUCCAUCCUCAUCGCUGGCAACAGUUCAGCCAAUCUCAGUUGCCAGGCAACGGCUGGUGCCGUGAAGACCAGGACGUGGCUGAAGGAUGGUAAAGCUCUGUCACUCAGUGGCCGCCUGGUGUUUUCUGGCGACAAGAGCUCGCUGAUGAUCAACCCGCUGCAGAAAGAAGACAGCGGCGAGUACAAGUGUCAGCUGACCAACCCGGUCAACAGUGACGAAGCUUCCUUCAAGAUGGAGGUCAACUUUGGUCCUGAUCCAGCAGCAGUGGCGGGCGAAGACGCCGUCGAGGUCAACGACAAAGUGACGCUCACUUGCUCAGCGAUGUCUGUCCCGCCCGCCAACUUCACAUGGAAGUUUAACGGCACAGUGACCGAUGUGAAAACAGCACAGUACACCAUCGAGAAGGCUUUAUAUAAGAACAGCGGGACGUACACGUGUGAGGCGUACAACGCCAUCACGGGAAAGACCAGCACGUCCAACCACAAACUGUCCGUCAAAGAGGAGGGAGCGUUGGAUGAAGGACUGUCAGACGGCGCCAUCGCUGGAAUCGUCAUCGCUGUCCUUGUAGCUCUUGGUGCUGCCAUUGGUUUGACCAUGUACUGUCGACAGAAAGUACCGGUGGAGUCUCCGUAUUAGAGACAUCUUUGCUGGACACACAUGUUUAUUUCCCAUCAUCCAUCUGUGCACCACAGAAGGGUGUGUCCAUGGAUCAGCUGGUUUCCAGUGACAACCUUGAUGGACUGGCUUUCACCAAAUGUCUCUGUCUCUCUAAUGAGGACGGUGGAAACGUGUUUGAACUUUUGACUGUUUUCACACACAGAGACACACACACACACACACACUCACACUCACACACACUCUCACACACACACACUCACACUAAAUGAUUGUUUUUGGGAUUAUGUCAGUGUGUGUAUUGGGUGGCUGGGAUUAUUUACCUGACGCAUUCACAGUCAGUGAAGUUAACGUUGACUGUGUCUCUUUCUUACAUUUGUCUCCUCUUCACUUUGACACCAACGCAUUUCUUUUAUUUUCCUUCAUUAGAUGACGUCAUGAUAAAAGUGUUAUUUUUUAAUGACAGGUGAGACAUUUCUCUCAUGUCUCACAUGUCUGUUGUUGUUGUGUUUAUUUGUUAGUGUGUGUUUGUGAUCUCUCAUGUCUCUCAUGUCUCACUUGUCUCUCAUGUCUGUUGUUGUGUUUCUUUGUUAGUGUGUUGUGAUCUCACAUGUCUCUCAUGUCUGUUGUUGUGUUUCUUUGUCAGUGUGUUGUGAUCUCACAUGUCUCUCAUGUCUGUUGUUGUGUUUCUUUGUCAGUGUGUUGUGAUCUCACAUGUCUGUUGUUGUGUUUCUUUGUCAGUGUGUUGUGAUCUCACAUGUCUCUCAUGUCUCUCAUGUCUGUUGUUGUGUUUCUUUGUCAGUGUGUUGUGAUCUCACAUGUCUCUCAUGUCUGUUGUUGUGUUUCUUUGUCAGUGUGUUGUGAUCUCACAUGUCUCUCAUGUCUCUCAUGUCUGUUGUUGUGUUUCUUUGUCAGUGUGUUGUGACCUCACAUGUCUCUCAUGUCUGUUGUUGUGUUUCUUUGUUAGUGUGUUGUGAUCUCACAUGUCAUCGUGCACUGAUCUCCAGUCAGAAAAGUAUUUAUUUUGUUGAAGAUCGUUGUGUUUUUUUUUCUGACGCGUCAACACUCUCUUUUGUCGCCAUGGAAACUGGUUUUAAGAUGGCAGCUCACAGUGAGGGUUGAGUACCACGCUCUCAGUCACUGGUCAGUAACACAAUCGCUGUGAGAAGAGAUUUAUUUCUCAGAAUUAUUUUUACUGAUUUUUCGUGUGUAGCUUAGUUUUGUUAUUGUUUACAAGAAAUAAAUAAAAAGUGAAUCACAUGAAAAAGAUGUGAUAACAAAAAGACAAA